UUCGUGGUGUAAACAAUAGAGUGUUUCACAGAGAAUUAUUUGUUUAAAACGUCAAUAUGCCACCGAUGAACGAUAACGACCCUUAUGCACACGCAAGCAAGGGACUUUUAAAACUCAAAAAUGAUCAAGGCGUGAGUAAGAAAAAAAAGCACAAGGAAGGCAAAAAGAAAAAACUAGUUGAAGUGUCAAAAAUCGAAGAGGAAGAAAAAACUAAGACCACGGAAAUUAAACGCACAAAGGCGGAAAUAGCAUUUCAGAAAAUGCAAGAAAAGAUGCAAAACGAACGAAUUAAACAAAAGGCCUCUAUGACACAUAAACAACGAGUAGAAGAAUUCAACAGACAUUUGGAUAGUUUAACAGAACACUUUGACAUACCAAAAGUCAGCUGGACAAAAUAAAUUCUUUAUAUAUAUCUUAACUGUGUAAAAGUUUAUUUAUACAUAUAUAUUGCAGACAUAAAUAAUUACAAUAUUAUUAAAAUUAACAUAUGAUCUAAUAUAAAAUUGUACUUUAUUUUAAAUGUUUGUAAAAAAAUCAGAUCUCAGUAAAAUGUAACAAUCCUAAAAUGGAUUGAAUACUAAGUCUUAUAAUUAUGUCUUUGAUUCGGAUAGAUAAUGCU